AUGGAUUCAAGUGGAGACCCUUUCUUUACCAAUCUUUUACAAGAGGGCUCCAACCUUGACAACCAAUUCAUGAAGUCUCAAUAUCUGAACCAAAUUAGUCAAGGUGCUGGCCAAGAAUCUCAGUUUUCAACCAAAAAAGAAUCUGCUACGAAAAAGUCAUGCAGUGGCAACUUUUCUAAAAAAGAAGACAAUUUGCUUAUAUCAGCUUGGCUUAAUACUAGCUUGGAUGCAGUGCAUGGAAAUGAGCAAAAAAGUAAGACAUUUUGGAGGAGAGUUGGGGAGUACUUCCACGAGCACAAAACAUUUAUUAGUGAACGUACUGAUAAUUCUUUGAUGAACCGGUGGUUAAUCAUUCAACUUGGAACCAAUAAGUUUUGUGGGUACUUUGCUCAAAUUGAAUCAAUGCGUGAAAGCGGUGUGAAUGAGCAAGACAAGGGCUAUUUUGCUGCUGUUUCGGGGCUGCUUUGCGGCUGUUUUUGUGCUGAAUUUGGGGAUGUUUUGUGA